GCACAUCGCUUGCUGUUGUGAUGCAAAAGCGGCCCGGCUAUAAAAGGCCGCCACCGAGUCGACAUGUGAGAAGACGAAUACGAAGACGAGGAUGAGGAUGGUCACGACGCUGGCGGUGGCGCUGAUGAGCAUCUCCAUCACCUUGGUCUCGUCUGCGAAGCUGGGUGUGGUGCAGACGGAGAGCGGUCGGGUUCAGGGCACCAACAAAGGCACGGGACUGUUCACAUCUGUGGACGUGUUCAAGGGGAUCCCCUUCGCCGACACUCCGGGACUGUGGGAGAAACCGAAACCGCAUCCAGGAUGGGAGGGGGUGCUGAAGGCCACCAAGUAUGCCGAGCGCUGCCUGCAGGUGACGCUGUUGCAGACCCAAACUCGGGGCAGUGUGGAUUGUCUCUACCUCAACAUCUUCGUGCCACAGGGACUCAAACUGUCGUCCAACCUGCCCGUCAUGGUGUACCUGUUCGGCGGGGCCUUCCUUCUGGGGGCGUCCAACGACUUGGCCAUCCUGGGGGACUCGCUGUACGACGGCAAGGAAAUGGCCGAGCGGGGGAACGUCAUCGUGGUGUCGGCCAACUACCGCGUGGGAACCUUGGGCUUCCUCAGCAGCGGAGACGCUCGCAUGCCAGGGAACUACGGCCUGUGGGACCAGCACGCCGCCAUCUCGUGGGUGCGAAGGAACAUCGCCGCCUUCGGAGGAAACCCAGACAAAAUCACCAUACCCGCUCGACUUUUUCACAACGCCGCCGAGGUCGACUACAUGGCCGGCAUCAGCUCCAUGGACGGGCACAUCUUUGCGGGCGUGGACGUGCCCUCCAUCAACAAGAAGGCGGCAAACACCACUGUGGAGGACGUGAGGGACCUCCUGAUGGGCCUGACCAAAGAAAAAGGCGCGGCAGCCGUGGGCUCCGCGUUCAGCGUCUACUCCGCCCACUGGGGCUCCAACCCGGAUCCGGCGGUGGUGAAGAAGACCGUGGCCGACAUCGAGACCGACUUCCUGUUCCUGGUGCCGACCCAGAUUGCGCUCCAGCUCCACGCCAACCACAGCAGCGGAGGCCGUACCUUCUCCUACUUGUUCAACAUGAAGACCCGCAUCCCAGGCUUCCCCAGCUGGGUGGAGGCGGAGCAUAGUGAGGACCUGCAGUACGUCUUUGGCAAGCCUUUCGCGACGCCGCUCGUCUACUUCCCGCGACACCGCGACCUCUCCCGAAACAUGAUCGCAUACUGGACCAACUUCGCCAAGACCGGCGAUCCCGGUUACGGAGACAGUAAGGUUCCGGUCCCGUGGCCCGCCUUCGGCAAAAUCCAUCGUCCCUUCCUGACCAUCAACCACAAGAUGACCAAGUCGUCCGUUGGCUACGACCUGAGGCAGAAUUACGUCGCCUACUGGACGGAGAUGUACAACACCCUGCCGUCGGCGCGGCGACCUCAACACGAGUGACGCAAACGCAGCCGAGGAGACGACGACUCGCCCGUAAUCAGGCGUUACCGAGCAUUUGUGCAGUUAACGGCUAACGAGAUGACAGGAUAGCCCUCUGCGUUACCCAGUCAAACUUUGAUUCGGUGAAGAAAUUCAAUAAACCGCCUUGAAUGUGUCACUGCUCUUCUGAACAGGAAAAGAAGCUCCAACGCUUUUCAUGGAGAUCCACCACACGCCAACUUCAAUCAUACUCGGAUACUAUGUUAACGAUACUCUGCUACAAUGCAGUCUGGUUUUGCUUUGUGGAUGAAUGGCGCUUUCCAAAGAGCUUCUGAACUAUUAAGACACCCCCCCCCAAAAAAAAAAAAUCAGAGAGAAAAUAAUCCCCCCCAAAGGUUUGUCCAAACCAAUGAUUUGGAACAUUGUUGAAUACAAGGAACCCUACCGGUGGAGCUCGCUUGGCAACACCAAAAGGCAGAACCAAUCCAGAAUUCAUUCACUACCCUUGACAACCGCGCGGCAGAAAAAGAUCGAUCGAGCUACUUUGGUGUACAUUUGUCCUGGACGACAAUCAAGAAAAGUCUUCACCCGUCGAGCGACUACAGAAAAGUUCAGCACAAGCCUCCAAAACAGGAAGGCCAGAUUAGAAUGUUCCGCAAUGGCCCGAAGUCAAUCACGUGAUUGAAAAUCACCACUUGCUGAGCUGACAAAACGGAAAGACAUCCACUCCGAGCAACAAGGUGUCGUGUGUAUGGGAGAAAAAAAAAAAAAAAAAAGACAUAAGAGUUAAUAUCGACUGAUAAAAUUGGUCAAUUAAAUAAUCAGUCGGACAACAAAUUAGCACCAGACCCGACUGCUCUGUUACUGACUGGCCACUGUCGCUUGUGUUUCGGAUUUGUUUUGCAUGGUUGCGCCUGCAACAGACGAAACUCGAGUCAAUCUUGCUUCCACAUCUUUUAUUGGAAUUGAUUAUUUCCAUCUGUAAAUUAUACAACUUGACUCCUCC